UAAGUACUCACAUGAAUCAGACCUCAAACCUUUCUAAGCAAUGAAAAAACAUUUGUUAUCACAUGCAAACGCAACAUUUAGAUGAAUUUUAUGCCACAUGUUUACCUUGUCUUUGUUUAUAUGGAGCUUUAUCUGUUUGCAUUAAGUACAUUUUUGCAGUAGAGUGUAUACCAGAGCUGUGUGUAUACAGAAUUAUGUGUGUGUGUUGGGGGUGCGGGGUGGGGAGGGUCAACACAAGGGAAAAUGUGAGUCUUCAAGUACUCAAGGACAUGUGUGUGCAGAAAGAAAAGAAAAGAAAAGAAAAAGGCUGAGCUGCAAGUGGAGUAGGCGUGUGGUGGGGUUGGAAGCUCCCUCACCAAUCCAUGAGAGCAGCACAUCAUCUCAGGCUGUGGAACUGGAUGGGCGAACUCUUCUCUUCCAUUAGCACAGCACAGAUGACCUCAGAAAGCCCUUGAAAAUGACGCUGGCACAUAUUCUAGUCAUCACGCUCAUAGGAACAUGCGUGUCUUUCUGUGCUGCACAGGAAACAGUAUGCACACAGGAGGCUGGGGCUGACAUUGUGUUUCUGGUCGAUGGCUCCUGGAGUAUUGGAAAGGAGAACUUCCAGCGGAUCCGAGAUUUUCUCUACACUCUAAUUGACAGUUUUAGUGUCAGUCCCAAUCAAGUCCGCAUUGGCUUGGCUCAGUUCAGCCAGGACCCAAGGACGGAGUUCCUGCUGAACACGUAUCAAGACAAACAAGACAUUCUCUCAUACAUCAGAAAAUUGCCUUAUAAGGGUGGUGGCACUAUGACUGGCUUGGGACUAGAUUUCAUUCUUAAGGAGCAAUUUACUGAGCAAGCAGGGAGUCGAGCAAGACAGGGGGUACCGCAGAUUGCCAUUGUCAUCACAGACGGUGAGUCACAAGAUGACGUGGAGCCACACGCGGAUGACUUGAGGCGUCGUGGAAUCAUACUGUAUGCUAUCGGGAUAAAAGAUGCAGAUGCGGAACAGUUGAGAAAGAUUGGCAACGAGCCCCAUGACCAGCAUGUGUACAGCGUCUCUGACUUCAGCGCUCUUCAGGGCAUCUCUCAGAACAUCGUCCAGGUGCUGUGUACCACCGUGGAGGAGGCCAAACGGCAAAUCACAGAAGAGUUCCAAGAGUUUGCUGAUGUCUUUUUUCUGGUGGACAGUUCAAUGAAGCCUCCACAGUUCCAGUUGAUGAGGACGAUACUUACUCGCCUGGCCAACCAACUCAAUGUGAAUAUCGAUCAAAAUCGCAUGGGACUGGCACAGUUCAGUGAUGACACUAAAGUAGAAUUUCUUCUGAAUGGCUACAAGACCAAAGAAGAGAUCCUCGCCCACCUAAAACGUUUCAGACUGAAAAGCGGUGGAGCACGGAACAUCGGCGCAGCUUUGGAAUACACCCGCACUCAUUUGCUCACCCCAAAGGCUGGAGCCCGUCUGUACCCAGGCUUUAGACAGUACCUGAUACUGAUGUCGUCGGGGAAAUCAGAUGACAGUGUGUUGAGACAGUCACAGAUUUUUGAAGACCAAAGUAUAAAUGUGAUCACUGUCGGGGUUGGUAACGCUGACCUUGAGGAAAUGCAGAUCAUUGCCACAGAUCCCUCAAUGUCCAAAACUGUGGAAAAAACUGUUGGGCAGACACCACAGGAUAUUAAGAAUAUAAUUGAAUCUAUGGACACUUUCAGUGUAACUGAUGAAUGUCUCUCAGCCACUGUGGCAGACAUUGUAUUCAUUGUGGACCAAUCCAGCACUGCAGGAAGUGAACAAUUUAAUCUUGUGCGUAACUUCCUUUUCCGCAUUGUAGCUGGUCUGGACAUCGGUUCUGAUAAAGUGAGAGUGGGUGUGGUUCUAUACAGCGAUACACCCAAAGCUGAGAUGUACUUGAAUACUUAUAACAGUAAACAGGACAUUCUCUAUCACAUCAGGAGACUUCCAUAUAAAAACAGUGCAACUGCAAAUACAGGAGAGGCACUAGAAUUUGUAAAAAAUGAUGUGUUUACCCAAAGAAGAGGCAGCAGACACCAAUAUGGGGUUCCUCAGACGGCUGUUGUCAUCACAACAGGAAAUUCUACCGAUGACGUCAGCCAGGGAGCAAGGAAGUUACGAUUGUCGGGGGUCAAAAUCUUCACUGUGGGAGGGGUAAAUUCCAACAGGACGGCAUUACUGCAGAUUGCCUCAGAUCCUUCUCGGACCUUUGUCUUCACUGUUGAAGAUCUUGCGAACCUCAACACAAUACAGAGGAAUCUAAGAGCAACUAUUUGCCAUGAAACCGAGCAAAGAGACCAUCCUGUCCAGCUCGUCACAGCUGGGGCCCCAGACUCUCGAAGUUCUGGGAUUCCUUUCCGAGGUGCUGGGAUUCCUUUUCUCAGAUCAGCCAUCUUGAAACAAGGUUGUCGGAAAACUGAAGAAGCAGAUAUUUAUUUCUUAAUUGAUGAAUCUGGGAGCAUCUACGAAAAGGAAUUUCAGAUGAUGAAAAAGUUUAUUUUGGAGUUUUUGCUCACAUUCCAUAUUGGACCUAACCAGGUCCGUGUAGGUCUAGUGAAAUUUGCUAAUGAGCCCAUACCUGAGUUUGACCUGACAGAAACCAAAGACAGGGCUGCCCUUGACAAAGCUGUGGAUAAGGUUUAUCUGGAUGGAGGUGGUACAAACAUAGGAUUGGCAUUGAAGUAUAUGGAGCCCCGAUUUCAAGCAGCUGUUGCGAAUCGACCAGGUCCUGACAUUCCCCGGAUCUUGAUUUUAAUCACCGAUGGGAAGUCGGAUGAUCCCGUGGAAGAACCUGCAAAGGUACUGCGAGAACAAGGAGUCAUAAUCUACACAAUAGGAGUCAGGGGUGCAGAUGAAAAACAGCUGGAAGAUAUUUCUGGUGAUCCUCUGAAUGUUUUUCCAGUCAAUGAUUUUGAUGGUUUAUUCCGAAUCAAAGAUCGCAUUGUUCAAAACAUGUGUUCCAAAGCAGCGUGCAAGGAUAUGAAGGCAGAUGUUCUCAUGCUGGUAGAGAGUUCAAGCCUAGUUGUGCCAGCAGAGUUUCUGAGGAUUAAAUUCUUCAUCGAGUCUCUCAUGAAACAGUCAGUGAUUGGACCGGAUGCACUGCAUAUGGGUAUAGUAGAGUAUAGUACACAGCCACAUACAGUAUUUCCUCUCAGCUAUGAGGAAGCCGAGAUGCACAAGAAAAUUGCAGACAUGCCUCACUUGGGCGGUGGCACUGAGACUGGCAAAGCCCUUCAGUAUGUUUCCCAGUUCUUUGAUAGGUCAAUGGGCGGUCGUCCUGGAGUCCUACAAAUCCUGAUUGUCAUAUCUGAAGGGAAGUCACAGGAUGACGUCGCUGAUGCUGCUAGCAUGCUGAAGCGGAAGGGGGUCAUCAUCUAUGCCAUUGGCAUUGGCAGUGCAAACAAAAAUCAAAUGGACACCAUUGGCACCCAUGUUUUUCUCAGGAGGAAUCUUGCUCCAGAGGAGCUGCAGUCAGUAUCACAGGAUAUCAUGUUUGAUAUCUGUCAUUUUAAGCAAGGAUGUGACAUCGACUUCGCAGACAUAAUCUUUCUUGUAGAUGGUUCACAGAGUGUCAGUUAUGAACAGUUUCAGAUUAUGAAACACCUCAUGUCAUCCAUUGUGAACAGCUCUUCUGUUGGAGAAAACGCUGUGCGCAUUGGAGGCAUUGUUUACUCCACUGAACCAGAAAUCAAGUUUGCCUUGAAUGAAUAUAAUACCAAUAAGGAGCUGAGACAAGUCAUAUCAGAACUGAAGCCUUUGGGUGGUGACACUUACACAAGCAAAGCACUGAGUUACUCUCUAGACUACUUCAGUGAAUUCAGUGGUGGCAGAAAUGAACUGGUGCACAAGUUUCUCAUAGUUAUGACCAAUGGAGAGGCAAGAGAUGCUGGGGAAUUGAAAAAUACUGCUGCUAAGCUGCGUGAAAAAGGAAUCAGGAUAUUUGGUAUUGGAGUACAGCAGGAUGAAAAUAAACAACUACCAAAUCAGCUGCUUACAAUGGCCGAUGACCCCAACAGAGUGUUCUAUGUGGAUAAUUUGAAUGCCUUGGGAACAGCAGACAGAAACAUUUCUGAAGAGAUCUGCAAAGAUGAAAAACUUGAAUGUAAUAUGGAUUUGGUGAUGCUUAUUGAUGGGUCUGACAGCAUUGACAACCAGAACUUCACACUCAUGAAGAACUUUAUGAAGGAUUUGGUGGAGAGUCUUCGAAUAGGUCCAAACUUUACCCAGGUUGGUGUGGUCCAGUUCUGCCGCAAAGAGGAAGACAUCCGAACAGAAUUCCACCUCAAUACCUAUAACAAUGCUAAUGACAUAAGGGAGAACAUUGGAUCUAUCACACAAAUAAAAGAAGGCAAUUCAAUUGCAGCUGGGCUGGAUUUCGUCAGGAAGUAUUCUUUUCUGCCUGAACAUGGAGGUCGAAAGGGUGUCCCUCAAGUUUUAUUAUUAUUAACGGAUGGAGUCACAGAUGAGAAAAAUGCCCCAGAGAUUGCAGAUAAGCUCAGAAUGAUGAAAAUAAAUAUUGAAGUCAUUGGAGUUGGCCGAAUAGACAGUGAUCAGCUCCAUAAAAUACAGGCAAAUGGACGCAAACCACUUACUCUAAGUAGCUUUACAGAACUCCACCGUCACUUGGGAGAAGUGUUGAAGAUAUUGUGUGAAAAAAAGCAGAGUCAUCUGGAAGCUGGAUGUACUGUGGACAUUGCUGUUGGAUUUGAUAUCACCAGAAGGCCGAGUAAACCCACUCUCUUCAGUGGACAGGGCCAGUUGAAGCAGAGACUGCCUAAGAUAAUCAGAGACAUAUCAUCUCUGGAUGGCAUAUGCUGUGCUCCUCCUAAUAACAUUGUUAAUCCAAGGAUCGCCUUCCGUCUGGUGGAUCAAAAGGGGAAGAUGCUGGAAUUUUUUGACUUUACCCAGUACAACCCCGACAACCCCGAUAUUGACAAAAUAGUGACAAAUUUAGCAAUAGGCGAGGACACCUUUUUCAACAAACAGCUGCUGGAGUCUUUUGAGAAACUCUUCAGACCAAGGCAGGCAGAAAUAAAGGCACUGAUCAUUUUCUCAGAUGGACUUGAUAACUCAGUGGAGAUGCUGAAAAGUGAAUCAGACAGGCUAAGGAAAAGUGGAAUAGAUACGCUGUUGGUGGUGGCUUUAGAGGGAACCCAAAACGCUCAUGAGCUUCAAAUGGUUGAGUUUGGUUUAGCAGGUCCUGGUGAAGUCAACAGGUACAAGCAGCACUUUUCCAUUGGGAUGGAUAACAUAGCUAAUGCCAUAAAGACAAACCUAGUUUCAGUGGUUCUGAGGAAGUGUUGCAAUAUAAGUUGCAUUUGUGUUGGGCCACCAGGGCCCCCUGGACCCCCAGGGUAUCAUGGACCGAAGGGAAUUAAAGGACUCCCAGGAUAUCCGGGAUUCCCUGGAGAUGAGGGAAGCAGUGGAGGCCGAGGACCUCCAGGACUGAAUGGAACCAAAGGAGACCAGGGAUGCCAAGGGAUGAGAGGUAUAAAGGGUGGAAGAGGCUACAGUGGUGAAAAAGGGACACCUGGAGAAGAUGGCCUGGAUGGUGUGCAUGGAGAUCAGGGUGAUCCUGGAAGUAAUGGCACGGCUGGAGAGAGAGGAGAUCCUGGCAAUCCGGGUUAUCCAGGCAUCAGAGGUGGUCCAGGGACUUAUGGCGAGAAAGGAUUAAGAGGAGAUCCUGGAGCGCCUGGGAGAGACAACAUAAUUGAAGGUCCAAAAGGAGACCAAGGCAGCCAGGGAGCACGGGGAGAAGCAGGGGAAGAUGGCCGUCCUGGAGAGGAGGGAUUACCCGGAAAUGAUGGUCCCAAUGGCAGGAGAGGUCAACCAGGGGGGCAGGGACGCAUAGGAAGUCCAGGUGACUCUGGUAUUGAGGGUCCCCCUGGUCCUUCAGGACCUCAGGGUGCAAGGGGAUUACCAGGUUUUGUGGGACCUAUAGGUCCUCAUGGUUUACCAGGCCCGCAGGGGUUUCCAGGAGUAGAGGGACCAAGAGGAUUCAGGGGCCAUUCAGGGAACAAAGGACAAAAAGGGCAGCAAGGCGAUCCUGGAGUCCAUGGAGCCGAGGGAUCAUUGGGCCCCAGAGGACCCCCGGGCCUUGAUGGUAGGGAUGGAUAUGGACCACCUGGACCAAAAGGACUGAAGGGAGAUCCAGGCUUUCCUGGUUAUCCUGGAUUGCAGGGUGAGGAUGGUGUGAAGGGCCAGUCUGGAGGUCCAGGCCCAAAAGGAAACCAGGGACGAGGAGGAAAUGCUGGAAGACCUGGCAGAGAGGGUGAUAUUGGAUUAGUCGGAGAGCCUGGACACCAGGGCCAUAGAGGACCUCCAGGCAAUAAAACAGACAUUUGCCACCUGCUGCCUUAUAUUCGUGAGAAUUGUGUAUGCUGUAAUGGUCAGACUGACUGCCCAGUCUAUCCCACUGAGUUGGUCAUAGGCUUGGACAUGUCCGAGGAUGUGGACCAGCGGGCGUUUGAAAGGAUGCGCAGCAGCAUGUAUGACCUGUUGAAGGACAUCUCCAUUUCUGAAAGCAACUGUCCCAAGGGAGCACGGGUCGCAGUGGUCUCCUACAACUCCAACACCAAACACCGUAUCCGUUUCUCAGACUACAGACAAAAGGACAAGCUCUUGGAAUUAGUGAAUGGCACUACCCUCGAACGCAGCUCGAGCAGGCGCAAUAUUGGUGAGGCCAUGCAGUUUGUGGCAAGGCACUCCUUUAAACGAACCAGAUGGGGUGCGCUGAUGAGGAAGGUGGCCAUCUUCUUCUCCAAUGGUGCCUCUGAGGACGCCAAUGCCAUCAACACUGCCAUGCUGGAGCUCAAAGCCAAUAACAUCCAAACUGCAGUGAUCGCCCUUAGAAACACCCCUAAUGUCCAGCGUGCAUUUGAGGCAGAUGACACAAGAAGCUUUAUAGUGCAAACUCUUCGAGAGGGACCAGACCAGUUAAAUCAGCUGAUGAAGAUCCAGCGCUGUGCCAUCUGUUAUGAUUUUUGCCAACCUGAUCCAGAAUGCAGUGACAUCGACCUGCUAAAACUAAAUGUAGACUUGGAUCUUGAUCUGACGUUGCUGGUGGAUGGAUCUCGGACAAUGAAAGCAGAUGAGUAUGUGGCAGUGAAAGAGCUGUUGGCUUCGGUCCUGAAGCAGAUAAAAGUGAGUGAGCAGCCAGAGAGGUCAGACAAACAGGCCAGAGUGGCUCUGUAUCAGACGUCCCCCACUUAUCACCCAGAUGGACGGUUGGGAACAGACAACCCAGUGCAGAGGGAGUUUGACUAUACAACCUACUCGAACACCGAGGACAUGAGGAGACACCUCUUGGAGGACGUACACCAGCUGGGUGGCAAGGCGGGUCUGGGACACGCCGUGGAGUGGGUCAUCGACAAAAGCACCGCGGCCCCGAGCCCACGCAAGCACAAGAUGGUGCUGGCUGUGGUGGGUGAGGAGACCAGCGGGUGGGACAGAGCCAAGCUCGACCAGGUCUCAAGGAUGGCCAAGUGUCAAGGAGUGGGGGUGUUCGCUAUGACAACCGGACGCAAAUUCAACGCCCAAGUGAAGGAGCUGGCCAGUUCCCCGCUGGAUCAGCACAUCCUCCACUUGGGAGAGGGGGAGCCAGGACAGAUGGAGUACGCACGUCGCUUCCUGCAGGCUUUCUUGGGUACUCUGAAAAGAGGAUUAAAUGAUUAUCAUGUACCGGGGAUGUGUGUCGGACGACCAGGUAGUCUUGGCCCACAGGCAGCAGUUGGACCUAACAUUGAGAGUGUUCCUUUUCCUGUAUACCUGGAAGCAGAGGACCGCCUCAAUGACCAAAGGACUCCAAAAUACGUUCCUCCCGUAGAGAAUCUUGUUGUGAUCAGGCCAGCAGGAAGGACGAGAACAUCUGAUGGAACUCACUCACACGCUCCCGGUAUAUACAGGAGAAAACGUAUAUACAAGAAGAACGGAAGGCCCAAUGUGUGAAAACAAGCUGCCACGAGUCUUAACAUGAGAGGAAUCGGUUAAAUUAACAAGAAUCAUUUUCCUGGAAUCAUCAAGAUGCAUUUAGAAAGAGGCAUAUUUUUUAGAUAACUGUUAAAUAUUGAAAAGAAAAUGUUGCUAAUACACAUUAUGGUAAAUAUAUAUAUGGGAUAAAAUGACAUAUGAAGGACAAAAGUGUUUCAUUUACCUGCUGUGGAAUGUUAGGAUAAAACAUUGUCAAUGCACUUACUUUUC